AUGGUCGCCGCCACGGACGUCGAAAAGGACGCCGGAUUUCAACAUGAAUACAGAACUGGUAUUCACGCUGCAACUACUAUAGGUACCGAAAAGAAUGUCGGAUACCUCUCAGACACCGAAUCCAACAAUGUUCUCUUGGGAGCCGUUGAAGAUUUCGAAGUCAAACGUACUUUAAAAACCAGACACAUUGCCAUGAUUGCCCUUGGUGGUACCAUCGGUACCGGGUUAUUCAUCGGUAUGGGUACCACUUUAUCUGAAGCUGGUCCAGUUCCUGCCUUAAUCUCAUAUAUUUUCAUGACCUCCUUGGCCUAUUCGAUUACCCAAUCUUUGGGUGAAAUGGCCACCUACGUUCCAGUCACCGGUUCUUUCAAUCAAUUCAUUGGUAGAUGGUGUUCUCCAGCUUUGGGUGCUGCCAACGGUAUCAACUAUUGGUUCUCUUGGGCCAUUACCUUUGCAUUGGAAAUCUCUAUUGUUGGUCAAGUUAUCGAAUACUGGACUGACGCUGUCCCUCUUGCCGCCUGGAUUGGUAUCUUUUUGGUUUUAUUGACCGCCAUCAACUUGGUUCCAGUCAAGUUCUACGGGGAAAUCGAAUUUUGGAUUGCUUCUAUUAAAAUCAUUGCCAUUACUGGAUGGUUAAUCUAUGCCCUUUGUACCGUAUGUGGUACCGGUAAGACUGGUCCAAUUGGUUUCAGAUACUGGAGAAACCCAGGUCCAUGGGGUGAUGGUAUUCUUGUUUCAAACAAAAACACUGGUAGAUUCUUGGCUUGGUUAUCUUCAUUGAUUACAGCUGCAUUCACCUUCCAAGGCUGUGAAUUGGUUGCAUUAACCGCUGGUGAAGCUUCUUCUCCACAAGCGUUACCAAAGGCUAUCAAGAAGGUUUUCUACAGAAUUAUCCUUUUCUACAUCUUGUCUUUGUUUUUCAUGGGUUUAUUGGUUCCAUUUAAUGAUCCAAAGUUGAGCGGUGAUGAUGAAUCUUAUGCUAUGUCUUCCCCAUUUAUCAUCGCUAUCGUUAACGCUGGUACUCCAGUCUUACCAGACAUUUUCAACGCUGUCAUCUUAAUGACCAUUGUUUCUGCUGGUAACUCCAACGUUUACUCUGGUUCAAGAAUUUUAUAUGCCUUGGCUGAAGCUAAAUUGAUUCCAAAGAUCUUUGCUCUCACCAAUAAGCAUGGUGUACCAUGGGUUUCAGUUUUGUUCACCGCCGCGUUUGGUGCCCUUGGUUUCUUGGUUGUUUCAGAAGGUGGUAGCACUGUCUUCGAUUGGUUGUUAAAUAUUACUGCCGUUGCUGGUUUGAUUACCUGGGGUUGGAUCUCUUACUGUCAUUUGAGAUUUAUGAAAAUUCUCAAGUUCAAUGGUAUUGCAAGAGACAGUUUGCCAUUCAAGGCUCACUUUAUGCCAGGAAGCGCACACUACGCUACCUGGGCUAUUUUCAUCCUUGUAUUCAUUCAAGGUUACUCUUGUUUCUUUGACAUCACGGCCUCUUCAUUCUUUACUGCUUAUAUUUCGGUUAUCUUGUUUGUCUUUACUUGGAUUUGUUUCCAUUUCUGGUUCAAUGGGUUUACUAAGAAAGCCUUCACUUGGGGAUCCCUUCUCAUUCCAAUCGAAGACUGUGAUAUUGUAUCUGGUGUUAGAGGCGUUGACGACGACUGCUGGACACCAGAACCAAUACCAACAAACCUUUGGGAAAAAUUCUGGGCAUUCAUCUGUUAA